GUGGAGCUUUUAAUCCAAGAAUUCCAUUUGUUCAUCGGUUUUAUGUUAAUUUAAGCCAUAAUAAGCCAAAAAUGGCAUCGACCCGGAAGUGAUAAUUAAGACAACACUCACUCUAUAUUAUGGCUAAAGGAAUUUGGCGAUCACUGUAUGAGACAUAACCAGUGAUAAUGGCGGGAAAGGAAGAUCAUGGAAUAUGGGACAUGUUUGCCCACUUCAACAAGAAGUUCUUUUGGGGUCAGCUUGGCAAAGUUAGACUCAAUUGGAGUCCAAACAUGACAUUAUGUGCAGGAAAGACAUCAUAUAGUGAGAGAGGACAUUCACAUUCAUCAUGCAGGAUCCUCCUCAGUCAGCCGCUGUUAUCCCAGAGGCCCCGCAGUGACACAGUUAACACCCUUCUGCAUGAGAUGAUCCACGCUUUCCUGCACGUGACACAGGGCCUCAACUACCGAGAUAGUCACGGGCCAGAGUUCAGGAAGCAUAUGAAGAGGAUCAAUGAUUCUGAAGGUUCAAAGAUAACUAUAUCUCACAAUUUUAGAAAAGAAGUAGAUAAAUUUCGCAUCCACGUGUACCGAUGUGAUGGUCCAUGCACUACGAGGCGUCCAUAUUUUGGCCUUCUUCGUCGAGCCAUCAAGCGACCCCCUGGUCCAGGUGAUAAGUGGUGGGCUCGACAUCAACAAGAGUGUGGUGGUACUUUCCGCAAGAUUGAAGGACCAGGAGCUGACCCUCUUGCAGGUUCAAUAACAGACAAAGUCACAAAACAGUUGAACCAAUCCAAGAUGUCCAAUUCACCCAAAGUCAGGGGAAUUCAUAAUAAAGCAACAAAUAGCACUCGACAGUGUCUGAAGUCAAGUGGUACUAGGAAGAGUUAUGAUGAAGAUGAAGUAUUACAGAGAAUAAAGAGGAAAUAUUCAAAUGUUAAAAGAUCAAUACUCUUGUCAAAGAAAGAAACAAAGAAAGCAAUUUCUGUUAAUCAAGAAAAAAGAUGGAAAAAAGGAAAAGGAUGUAUCCCUGAAGUGGGUAAUCCUGUUAAUGGUAAUGUGAAUUACAACUACAUCUCAAAGAUACCACUGAAGCUAGAACUCAAGAAGUACUUGAAUAGAUAUCGUGAAGCAAAGAGUAUGGAAUCUCAGGACUCUCAUGUGCCUCGUGAAUCUAAAGUCACCAAUCCAAGGGGGCUAAACUAUGAGAAGUACUUAAAUAGAUUUUGUCGAGCCAAGAACACUGAAUCUUGCGUGUCCUCAACGAGUAAUGUAGACAGUCAUACUUCUUCUUUGCCUGUGACCCUGAAGGAUAGCACCUCAAGCUGCCCCAUCUGCAACACACUCAUUCCAGCGACAGAAUAUGACCAGCACCUACAAGAAUGUUUUGGUGAUGACCUGGAUUUAGAAAUGGACGAAUCUUUUGAGGAAGAAAAAUAUCUCAAAAUAGAUCAUUCACCAAAAAUAAUGACAGAAGCAAGUAGGAAAGUAGGAAAUGACUGUCAUCAACAAGGGGUUAGAAAAUGUCAAAACUGUGGCUCACUUGUUUAUGAUGCAGAGUUGACGUUACACCUUAAAUACUGUAUGUAAUGAUUCAGGGGAUGAAGACACUAAGUGAACCUUCAGCUGCGGGUGAUGGAGAAUGUUCAGCUUCAUCCAUAAAGCUGUGGAUGAUGUCACUUGCCCAUCCUGCAUUCAGCUUCAUCCAUAAAGCUGUGGAUGAUGUCACUUGCCCAUCCUGCGUGGAAAAUGUUAAAGGAAAAUACACCCAGGAACAUCUUAAUGAAUGCUUAACUUUACCUUUGGGGGUAAUUUUAUAUACAGCAUCACAAUAACAUCAUUAAAAUUUAUUGUUAAUUCUGAUUUGAAAGACUGGUAUUGUACUGUAUUAAGUUAAAUUUAUUUGAAAGAGAAAGUACAGUAAACCUUCGUGAUAAUGCACUAAUUAGGGGGAACCAUGGUCGUUGAAGCCGAAAAUUCUGUUAUAAAGAAUCGUUUGAUAAUAUCCGAUAAUUCCCUGAGUAAGAUGCAAACAAUCCAUUAACCAGAGGGACGGUCUGAGAGGCUUUACCGAUUCUCAGUUUGAACCCGUCACCCACACUAUAAACAACACCUCCCCCGUCACCCACACUAUAAACAACACCUCCCCCGUCACCCACACUAUAAACAACACCUCCCCCGUCACCCACACUAUAAACAACACCUCCCCCGUCACCCACACUAUAAACAACACCUCCCCCGUCACCCACACUAUAAACACAACCCCCCGGUCACCCACACUAUAAACACCUCUGUUGUACUUCACUGGCUGUUACUUUAUGUAUUUUUACUGUAUUUUAUUUUUAUAGUUUCAUAUUCUAUAUUACAUAUUAGAGAACAGUUCUUCCAAUUAGUGUUUAUGCAGUGACGAACUAUUGGACAAUUCUUCAGGAUAACAAACUCAUGUUCAUUAUCUUGAGGUUUGGUGUGUCCGUUAUAAUUGGGUUUCAUUAUAUACAGUGUCCGUUAUACCGAAGGUUUACUGUAGUUAUCAUUCUUCUGACUUGAAUAAGGCAAAGGAAUUUUGUGUUAACAUUAUUCAGUUAGACACCAAGAAGGUUAUGUUGAAAUUGUCUAGACUAAGGUGUCAGAUGUAUCACUGCCCUGUCAUCAUCUGAAUUCUUUGUUGUAUCAACACAUAUUUAAUUAUUACAUUAUUGUCUUUUAACCCUUAGGCUCCGGGUGACGUUGCAGAACGUCCGCCUAUUUUCCCACCAUUUUUAUUUAUUUAUUUAUUUAUUAUUAUUUUUUUGGGGGGUGGGGGAAUAUAUAUUUUUUAUUUAUCCCCACGGGGGAUACUGCCAACAGCACCCUAACCCGGGACUUAAGGGUUAAGAUGUCACCCUGCCUGUGUGGAAAAUUUCUUAUAGCAAGGUUUCUCUGACAAAGAGCAUCUUUGUGUGACAGCGUACAUUUUAUUUCACUGCAAUGAAAAGGCUUCGGUCCAAAGAAUUAUGUUGUUUUAAAUAUGUUGAAGUUACUCUAUUUAACCCUAAACUUAAUAAAAUCGUAUGGCAGUAGCCAGAAUAAAAUGGGAAGUGCGUGACACGCGGUGAAAAGGUUAAUGUUAUGACUUCAGAGUUUAUUGUGGAUUUGCAGUGAGUAUAAAUAAUGCAAGGGCUGAAAAGGUUCAUUGUAAUUAUUUACUUAAUGUAAGACUGUUCAUUCAACCAAAGUUGUGAACAAACUAAGUCCCAAUAUCUGCAAAGGUUACCAGUAUAUCCUGUGAGCUCUCAGCAUCACAUGUUUAAUAUUGACAUUACAUAUGAUAAUUUAAUUUCAUGUUAAAUUCAAUAAUUUACUUUUGAUAAUAAAUAUUAGGUAUCCAUUUAAAACUGACCCUUUUCUCACAAAUUAAUUCAUAUUAUUACUUAGUAAUAAUCACUUACUUGCACUCUUCUCUUCUGGGACGAAUUUUCACCACACAGCUGUGUAUUACCAGGAUGUGGGACAGGGGAAGGGGGGAGGGGACGCUUGCAUUCCACCAAUCAUUUCCCUAAUUCCACCCUUUGGAAAGUACUGUAGUGAGCUUAUGACAUUGCCACAGUUAUGGUUUCUUUUGUAAUUCUGUUCAUGAAACAGUUUUGCUUAAAAUUUCAAUGAUAAGCUGGAGUGGAGAGUUACAAUUCAUUUGUUUUAUCGAUAUAUAUGCUAAACAGUACACAUCCACAUCCCGCAGGUGUGGUUGUUCAAUUUUAUGCAGAUUUAGUUCCUUUACUCUUCUAGUGAGUGAAUUAUAGUUUUAGGUUUGUUUAUGGCUCACUUAAAUUAUUGGGUGUGGUGAGAGAAUGACUUGGUUCCCCUACCACUCUUCCCAGUUCACUCAGUACUGUAUGUGCAUCAUGGUUCCUGCAUUGGAGACAAUUUCACAUAACUAAUUUCUGAUAAGAAUAUAUGGUUCACUCUGACUUGAAGUAUUAAGCACUCUCGGCCUUUAUCGAAGGCUAUAAAUAGGGUUUGGUAACUGAUUCUGGAGCCUUUUAGCACCUACUUAUCUCUCUUUGGAUUACAAGAACCACCUAGCAAAGGUAGGUAUUAAGCCAGAUGUGUAGGAUUGACAUAAGUCCCUUUCUCUGGCAGAGCCUGUAGCCAGGCAGCUUUGACCCCUCAGAAUAAAAGGUGGUGCAAAGUUUGCUAAUUGGUCAAAUAUGACUUGUAAAAAGACCUCCUUUGUCCAGGUGACAGCUGUUGAACUUGAUCUUCAUUUUAUGAUGAGGGUAUUUGAUGUAUUUAAAUGGGAUAAUGAAUAAACUGUGGCUGACUUAACUUGAUUGUCUGAGGACAGAAUUCUAGAAUAAAUACAGUAGCUUGUAUUAUGAGAAGCUGUUGGGCUGCUGGCCUUGUCAGACAAAGUGGUGUUGGGACCAAUUGGUUUCUUGACAGCUCAAGUGAUUGAACAGAACCUUUGCAAUCCCUUGUUAUUCCUUUGCUGCUAAUAACUAGCAAUUUGAGUUCUUGGCAUUAUUACCAGAAUUUGAAUAAGUGUUUAUGUUUCUUUUAUCAUUCAUAACAUAAUUGUUUCUCCCUGAAGUAUUCAGAACCAUAACUCUUGUUGUGUAUUUUCUAGAAUGACUGUUUAUGUUCAUAAGGUUUGUGUAAUGAUUAUUGAAAGUUUUCAGUUUGGUAAACAAUAAAUCAAUGUUGUUAGUUCUUGAAAAUUGGUAUAUAAAAUCCUGAAUUAUCAGUAACUUUUAUUUAAUAUUUAUUUUUGACACCUGUUUACCAGUAUCAGGUGUUUGUACCCCACCUCUUUGUUUUUGCAGCUGAGCCAAUAUAUUAUGUCUUUCCCAUA